AGCUGCCGGUUGGGAAAGUAUACUAGAGCUACGUUGAGCGAUUCAUUAGCCACUUCUAGAGCCUGCGCUUGCUACCUUUUUGCGAGCUGUAGGAUCACUCCCUAGAGAUGCCGACGUGGGUUCCAGACUGGUCUCAUCCGCCGAGCACCAACUAUCCCUGUGCUGCCCGAUAUGCUUCCGGUUAUAUGAAGGCAAAUGUGCUCAGCAUCUCAGAUGAGCGUCUUGAAGUCACUGGAAUGUAUGUUGGGACCAUUGCCCAACAGACUGUUGUCAACGUUGGCGGCACAGACGAAGCCGACAUAAUUCAGUUUAUCAGAGACAGUGCGCCUCCCGGUAUUUUAAGCAGCGCUCACCCAGCAAAUGUGCCAAUGAUCGAAGCAUUCUGCUGUAAGCUUUGCUUUGACGUUUUCUGGGGACGAACAGUACCAGGACACGUCGUAUUUCCCUCUUUCGCUUAUAGUCUGAAGUUUCUCGAAAGCAUCCUGGCUCCCGAUAGCGAUGCAUCGGAUCUGAACGCAAUCGAGACGAAGCCAUAUCUGAGAUACGUUGCAGACGCAUGUAAAGGCCGCAGCAUAAUAGAAACACGUUCGGGACACAUUAGUCUUGCACCCUCAAUAUGCGAGCCUGAGGAUCGCAUUUACGUAUUUUCUGGCUGCCGCGAACUCAUGGCCGUCCGAAAACAUGGCUCAGAUUCGGAGCUCAGGGUUGUCGGCUAUACAUAUGUCCACGGCAUGGCUGAUGAUGAACCGAUAUUUAGACCACUUCCGCACCACUAUGAUGUAAUCCUUCAUUCUGAAGAGGGUGCACUGAAAGGUCUACGGUUCUGGAAUAACAAGGACGGAGUACUUGAAGAACAGGACCCUCGAUUGCGGGAUCUUUGCGAUGAGGAUUUUGUGGAAGGCCUGACUGGGUUGGGUAUGGCGCCAAAAGUGGAAGUCCUCAGAGCUAGAGGUGCGCCUUUGGAGACAGUAAUAUUGGUAUGGGAGAUGAUGUAGAGAUGUUGGUCGAUAGUUGGUUCGGUGAUAAUGCGAAUAGAGUAACUAGUAAUAUCUAGUUAAUUUAUAUGCUCGUGAUGAGUUCUAGCAUGUAUCUAGAUAUCAUUGGUUUCGGUCACUUCUUAGUGUACAUGCACAUAGCAAAGUUUUGAAAUCCAGAACACAAUUCAUU